AUGGAAUCUCAAAUCCCAUUUCGAUCAUACGAUGAAAAACAAAGGAAUAAUGAUGAUGGUCGAUUCACAUUCACAAGCACCGAGCAAAAACGAGUUGAAGAGAUGCUUUUCGAAAAUUACGAAAACUUGGUUUUACAACCCGAUGAUUUUGCAAAUGUCUCGAUUUUCCGACAAAAACAUGCAAGUUUCUUAUUGCGAUAUCUGGCAAAUGUUCCAAAAAGUUAUUCGAGCCUCGACGCCAGCAGACCUUGGAUGUGCUAUUGGGCUGUUCACGCUCUAACAAUCCUAGAAGUCAAGAUCCCCGAGGAAACUAUCAACGCAGUUAUAACCCUUAUCAAAGCUUGUGAACAUCCAGAUGGUGGUUAUGGAGGGGGCCCCGGUCAAUAUGCACAUUUAGCACCAACAUAUGCCGCAGUUAUGUGCCUAGUUUCGCUGAAAAAUGAAAAAGCUUUGGAAAGUAUUAAUAAAGAGAGCCUUUUUCAAUAUUUAAAAGCGUCAAAGCAUCCAAUUCAUGGCGGAUUUUACAUGCAUUUUGGGGGAGAAAUCGAUAUGCGAAGUGCAUAUUGCGCUUUGGCAAUUUGCCAGAUUAUUGGUUUGCCGAUGGAUGAAUUGAGCGAUGGAACAGCUGAAUGGGUAAUCAGUUGUCAAACCUAUGAAGGAGGCUUCGGUGGCGAGCCAUACACCGAAGCGCACGGUGGCUACACGUUUUGUGCCGUAGCCGCUCUCGUUCUUAUGGACAGAUUUCGACUUGUUGACUUUGAAUCGCUGUUGAGAUGGGUUACACGAAGACAAAUGCGAUAUGAAGGGGGAUUUCAGGGAAGAACGAAUAAGUUGGUCGAUGGUUGCUAUAGUUUUUGGCAGGGUGCGAUUUAUCCACUGAUUGAUGGGGAAAUGGAAAGAGAGGGAAAGGAUUUCGAAAAGGGAUUGUUUGAUUCGAGAAUGUUGGAGGAGUAUACUUUUGUUGGAUGCCAAUCGAAAGAUGGAGGAUUUAGGGAUAAACCUGAUAAAGGUUAGGGUCGAAAAAUUGGGUUUUAAAGCGAUUGUCUAGGUCCUAAACCGAAAUUUUCAUGAAAAUUUGGGUCUUGGAGCGAUUUUCGAAGUCUUAGAGCGAAAAAUCAGAUUUUUCGUGAAGAAUUGGGUCUUGCAGCGAUUUACCAGGUCGAAAAAAUCGACUUUUUCAUUAAAAAUUGGGUCUUGUAGCGAAAAAUCCAAUUUUCUUGGGUCUUGUAGCGAAAAAAUCCACAAAGAAACUAGGUACACUGUAGAUUUUUCUCAUGAAAUAUAUUUUUCUAGUAGAUUUUGAUCCACUGCUCACGAUUCCAUUGUCAAAAACUGCAAAUCUUGAUUCUGAAUCUGAGUUAUGGUGAAUUUUUGAAAAAUAGUCUUGAAACUGGAUUUUGAAGAAUAUAGCCAACUUCAAAAUCCAGUUCCAAAGCAAUUCGUAUUCUUGUUUCUAAAAUCCACCAUAACUCAUAUUCAGAAUCGAGAUUUGCAGUUUUUGACAAUGGAAUCGUGAGCAGCGAGUCGAAAUCUACUAUAGGAAAAUAUAUUUCAUGAGAAAAAUCUACAGUUGACCUAGUUUUCUUGUGGAUUUUUUCGCUUCAAGACCCAAGAAAAUCGGAUUUUUUCGUUUUAGGACCUGAGAAAUCGCUGCAAGACCCAAUUUUUCAUGAAAAAAUCGAUUUUUUUGGUUUGGAACUUGGAAAAUCGCUACAAGGCUCCAGAACACAAAAAAUCCAAAUUUUCAACUCCCAGACCUGAAAAAUCGCCCCAAGACCUAAUUUUUCAUGAACAAAUCGAUUUUUUCGCUCUAGGACUUCAAAAAUCGCUACGAGACCCAAUUUUUCAUGAAAAACUAGAUUUUUUCGCUCUAAAACUUCGUAAAUCGCUCCAAGACCUAAUUUUUAAUGAAAAUUUCGAUUUUUUCGCUCCAAGACCCAAUUUUCCACCAAUAUUUUCCAGGCGUCGAUCUCUACCACACAUGCUACGUGCUCAGCGGUCUCUCGGUUGCUCAAAAAUAUUCGCGCGACAAACUCGGCUCAAUUUUGGGCGGCGACGCGAAUCUCGUCGCCGAAAUCAACCCGGUUUUCAAUGUCACAGUGGACGCCGAAAAAUUCGCCAAAGAGUUUUUCACAAAAUCUUGAUCUCCAUUUUUUUUUUGCCUGUUUGUGUAAAUAAUAUAUUUAUUGACUUCGUGUAACUUUGGUUUUUUGAAGAGAAAAAGAAAAGUUAUGCUAACUUUUGAAUAUCUUUUUGUUUUUGGUUAGAGAUAGAGACAAUGUAAAAUUGAGAGAGUCUAGACAGAAAAUUGGCCAAUUUCGAGCUGAACCUACUGCAUCCGGAAAAUUAUGGUUACCGCAAGCUUCCGCGCAGCUGCAAAGUUAUCCUAACUUUCGAGCGGAGCGAGUGUAGACCGAAAGCUUCCGCGCAGCGGCACUAUCUUCCGCGUCAGCGGCCACGCGGAUUACUACGACGUGGAAUACCAGUCAGGCUUCGACGUCAUAGUAAUCCGCGUGGCCGCUGACGCGGAAGAUAGUGCCGCUGCGCGGAAGCUUGCGGUCUACAAUCGCUCCGCUCGAAAGUUAGCGUAACUUUGCAGCUGCGCGGAAGCUUGCGGUAACUAUAAUUUUCCGGAUGCAGUAGGUUCAGCUCGAAAUUGGCCAAUUUUCUGUCUAGACUCUCUCAAUUUCACAUUAUCUCUAAUUACAGGGAAACUAUGAAAGUGAAAAAGGCCCAAAAGCCUGGAAAAUCUGGAAAACCAGCAGCAAAGCCUGGAAAACCACCAACUCCCAAGCCAAAAACAUCCAAAGCCCAAAAAGCCCAAGAAAAUGAGGCGAAACUUGCGCGCGCUGAAAACAUUCUCUCAAAAUUCGAAAAACCGCAAGAAGUGUCGAAAAAUGCGAAUAAAAGACAUCUGAAAAAGGUUUUGGGACAAGAUGGAUUGCUGGUAAAACAUCAGGAAGGACAGAAAUGGUAUAGUUAUCAAAUUGAUAAAGUGGAAGAGGAGGAGGAGAAGAAAUUGGAGACUGCAAAGAUUAAUGAGCUGCUUGUGGAGGGAAGAGAUAUUUUGGCACAGGAUUCGGCACUUUUACAGACCAGUGAGCUUUUUUUCGUGGGAUUUUUUGCUAAAUUAUGAAAUCUGGCGUGCUUUUUACCCUAAUUUUCAUGAAAAAUCCGAUUUUUCUGGUCCGGAACCUUUAAAAUCCAGUUUUUUAGCUCCGGAACCUGGAAAAUCCCAAUUUUCAGCUCUGGGACCAUGAAAAUCAUCCAGACACUCAAAUUUUGAUGAAAAAUUGGCUUUUUUGGCUUGAGGACCUCGAAAAUCACCCCAGAACUUGAAUUUUGAUGCAAAAUUGGCGUUUUUUCGCUCAGAGAUCCGAAUUUUCAUGAAAAUCCGAUUUUUCAGCUUCGGGAACUUGAAAAUCUUCCGGAGACUCGAAUUUUGAUGGAGAAUUAGCGUUUUUCUGCUCAGAGACUCAAAUUUCUAUGAAAAAUCCGAUUUUUUGGCUCUGGGACCUUGAAAAUCACUCCAGAACUUGAUUUUUCAUGAAAAAUUCGAUUUUUUGGCUCCGGAACGUGGAAAAUCCGAUUUUUCAGCUUCGGGACCUUGAAAAUCAUCCCAGAACUUGAAUUUCGAUGAAAAAUCCAGUUUUUUAGCUCCGGAACAUGGAAAAUCCGAUUUUUCAAGUUCGGGACCUUGAAAAUCUUCCGGAGACUCGAAUUUUGAUGAAAAAUCCGAUUUUUCUGGUCCCGGACGCUAAAACUUCGGUUUUUUAGCUCCAGGGCGCGGAAAAAUCGAUUUUCCAUGUCUGGAACCCUUCAAAUCUGAAUAUUUCGCUCCGAAUUCUGGAAAAUCCCAUUUUUCAGCUUCGGGACCUUGAAAAUCACCUCAGAACUCGAAUUUUGAUGAAAAAUUCGAUUUUUUCGGCUCUGAAACCUGGAAAAUACGAUUUUACAGUCUUAGACCUUGAAAAUCGCUUCAAGACCCGAAAAAAUCCGAAAUUUUCGCUUCAAGAGCUUGAAAAUUGCUCCAAGGCCUAAAAAUGCGAUUUUCAGCUCUGUGACUUUGAAAAUCGCUUCAAGACCCAAAAAAAUCCGAAAUGUUCGGUUCAGAACUCUGAAAAUCGCUCCAAAAUCCAAUUUUUCCAGAAGAAAAACAAGAAAAUGGUUCGGAAGCUUCCUGGUUGUAUUCAGUGAUCUCCAAAGGUACAGCAUCCGACAAAAGAACAGCUAUGCAACUCCAGGUAAGUCUGGAAAUUUGUCUGGAAAUCUUUAAGGAGCAAUUUUUGUAGAUGCACAAAUCACCGGUUCAUUCAUUGGAAUAUGUUGAAAGAAUGAUUGGAAGUUGUACGAAACAAGGAACACGGGAUAUUAUUGAUGUUAUUCGUGAGUUUACUGAAUUUCUAUAGCUCUGGGAGCUAGGAGCAUGUCUGAAAUUCCCUUUUUUUUCAGCCAUCCUUGAGGACGUUUUUGUGAAUCACUGCCUUCCGGAAAAUCGAAAACUCAUCGCAUUUUCCAAAAGACCAUUCGCAGAGCUCACAGCUCUUUCAUCUGGAAAUGACAGAAGUCGCCGAAAGAUUUUGUUGUUAUGGACAUUUGAACAUGAGCUCAAGAUUUUAUAUCAGCAAUUUAUUCAGGCUCUUGUGGUGAGUGUUUUUUUCGCUAGAAAAUUUGGAGCAUUUUGAGACCAAACUAGACUAUAUUUGGGCUCAAAAUGCUCCAAAUUUGCUCAGGAUUCUGAAUUCUCCAUGAAAUUUGGAGCAUUUUGAGCACAAAUAUAGUCUAGUUUGAGAAUAUCAAAAGGCAAAUCAAACAUCAAUCAUUUUUUACAUUUCGAAUUUAAAAAAAUGUUGAAACGUACAUUUUCGAGGUGCCAAAAUUGACUGGGGAAUUUCAAAUUUCGAUCAAUAAUUAUUGAUUUUUGCGGUGCAGAAGGUCUGGGGUUCGAUCCCCGCCCGAAGCAAACAAUUUUUGAGAUUAAUUUUUUCUAGCUCAAUAUGCAAUUCUGGGCUUUUUAGGCUCAAAUAUCCCAAAUGUUUAGCUAUAUAUCUAGGCCUAAAAAUCCCGAAUUUCAAGCCUACAAUCUUGCGCUUUUUAGUCUGAAAACUAGGCCGAAUCUAGACUUUUAGGAUCCGGAAAAUCUAGGCUUAUUUGGACUCUAGAAAUAUCGAAUUUCAAGCCUAAAAUUCUGGGCUUAUGAAGGCUCAAAACAGCUAGAAAUUUCAGCCUGAAAUUCCAGAUUUUCAGGCUAAAAACUAGAAUCAAAAAUCCAGUUUUUCUAGCCUAAAACCUAGGCCUAUUCAGCUUUUAAUGGUCCGAAAUUUAAGGCCUUAAAUUCCUGGGCUUAUCUAGAUCCAGAAAAUUCAGGCUUAUUUGGGCUCUAGAAAUGUCGAAUUUCAAGCCUAAAAUUCUGGGCUCAAAACAGCUCUAAAUUUCAGCCUGAAAUUCCAGAUUUUCAGGCCAGAAAAUCUAGUCUUUUCGGGCUGAAAACUAGGCUUCAUAGGCCCAUUCCGACUUCGAAAAAACCCCAAAUUUUUUCCAGGAAAUCAUCAAACGCCCCCUGGAAGAUGUAGUCAAAAAAGCCCUCCGAACCCUCGCCAAUUGCCUGAUUUCUCGACCAGAAUCCGAAUCCCUGAUCCUAUCAGCCCUGGUAAAUUCAUUCGGACAUCCGAACUACAAAAUCGGAUCUCACACAGUUCAUCUUCUCGAAGAUGUCUCCAGAAAACAUCCAGCAAUGCGAAUUGUAA